UCCGCGGGGCAUGAUGGGGGAGGUGGAGAUUUCCAUCAUGGCGGCUUCCAUUUCGGGCUACACCUUCAGCGCUGUGUGUUUCCACAGCGCCAACAGCAACGCCGACCACGAAGGAUUUUUGCUGGGAGAGGUAAGACAAGAGGAAACUUUUAGCAUCAGUGACUCACAAAUCAGCAACACAGAGUUUCUGCAAGUAAUUGAGAUCCAUAACCAUCAGCCUUGUUCACAACUCUUCAGUUUUUAUGAUUAUGCGAGCAAAGUGAAUGAAGAAAGUUUGGACAGAAUUCUGAAAGAUCGGAGGAAGAAAGUUAUCGGAUGGUACAGGUUCCGGCGAAACACCCAGCAGCAGAUGUCCUACAGGGAACAGGUCAUCCACAAGCAGCUCACCCGCAUCCUCGGCGUGCCAGACCUGGUCUUCCUUCUCUUCAGCUUCAUCUCUACCGCCAACAAUUCUACUCAUGCUUUAGAAUAUGUUCUCUUUAGACCAAACCGCAGGUAUAAUCAAAGGAUAUCACUUGCUAUUCCCAAUCUAGGCAAUACUAGCCAGCAAGAGUACAAAGUGUCUUCAGUGCCAAACACGUCUCAGAGUUAUGCCAAGGUCAUUAAAGAGCACGGUACUGACUUUUUUGACAAGGAUGGAGUCAUGAAGGACAUCAGGGCAAUUUAUCAGGUUUAUAAUGCACUUCAGGAGAAAGUACAGGCAGUAUGUGCAGAUGUAGAAAAGAGUGAGCGAGUUGUUGAAUCUUGUCAGGCAGAAGUGAACAAAUUGAGAAGACAAAUCACUCAGAAGAAAAAUGAAAAGGAACAAGAAAGAAGAUUGCAGCAGGCCCUGUUAAGCAGACAGAUGCCAUCCGAAAGUCUGGAGCCAGCGUUCAGCCCUCGGAUGUCCUAUUCUGGGUUUUCAGCUGAAGGGAGAAGUACUCUGGCAGAAACGGAGCCCUCUGAUCCUCCGCCCCCUUACUCUGAUUUCCACCCAAACAAUCAAGAAAGUACUCUGAGCCAUUCUCGCAUGGAAAGGAGUGUCUUCAUGCCCCGUCCUCAGGCUGUGGGCUCUUCCAGCUAUGCUUCCACCAGUGGCGGACUGAAGUUCACUGGAAGUGGAGCAGAUCUUCUUCCUUCCCAGAGUGCAGCUGGAGACAGUGGGGAGGAGUCAGAUGACAGUGAUUAUGAAAAUUUGAUUGAUCCUGCAGAGUCCCCUCAUAGCGAAUACUCACAUUCAAAGAAUUCACGGCCCUCGACACAUCCUGACGAGGACCCCAGGAACACUCAGACCUCCCAGAUUUAAGUAAACAAAUGACACUCUCCACUUGGCACUACUUUUCUUAAUGGCUUAUUGAGUGUUGUUGAGGACUUAAUCUGUGGGGAGACCUGCUUUCUCAGAUGCCGCGGCUCCUGAGUGGAGCAUCCUGUGCACAGAACUCCCAGAAUCCUCUGUCCGCUGGUCCUCACCUCUGGGUACAGUGCACAGGUUCACAACAAAAUCAUUACGAUAAUCAAAUUGUCCUAAUUCUGGUGCGAUUCAUGGAUGUACUAGUGAAUUUAGGCAGAGUGACCCCUCAGUGUAGUCUGUUCUUAAGAUAAAUCAGAUCAGAGACUGAGCACAAUUAGUCUAUAAAUAGUCUGUACGUCAGAAACUUACCUCUGCACUAUCAUGCCUUGAAACUUGCUUUUUCAAAGGGAAACGAAUUUAGCAGCAGCCUUCAAAGAACUUUCUAUGAUGAGCCAAAUUCAUCUUUGCCAGAAAAGAAAUUUUGUUAAUUCCAAGAAGCCUAAUUGGAACAAGUCAGACAUUCCUUCUCUCAUCUGCAUGGUUUUGUAAGAUGAGAAGAGAGGGCUUUGUUUCAACUUUUUUCUACUAGCCUGAUACGUAUUGUCACUUAAAAUGGUUGCCUUUUUAAAAUGUAGGAAUACUAAUCCCCAGCGAGUACUCAUCUGGAUCAGGCCCUUGUCUUUUGGUGCACGCCAGCGAUGCUGCGCUGCAUGCAGUCAUGGAGGGAGGCCACACACCAGCAGAUGGCAGAAGGGAGAAGCCAGGCCUGAGUCUGUAGUGAACAGAUCCCAGACACAGUGGAUUUAACUAAGUUCCUAUGGAAAGGAUGUAAUGUACUUAGGUGUGGCGGAUCCUGGGCUAGAGUUGUGGAGGAAAGACGUUUUUGAGAAAAUAUCCAGGAAUCUUGGUGACUACAGAGCUACUUCAAGUAUGAAUAACCAUACUUCUUUUUUCCCCUAAAGUUGCCAUUUAGGGGAUAAUUGCAAAUGUGCGGAGACCAUUGGGAUGCACUUACGCUUUUAUUUAAUUACUGCUUGUUUUCUAGUUUUGCCCAGAAUGUGUGAAACCACUAAAAACCAUUUUUGAGUAUGUUGGGCUGCUGGAUUGGAAGUGGCAAGACCUACCAUAUAUGGCAAUCAAUCAGCCCAUGAUGCUUGGCGCUGAACUGCCUUCCUUGGACUAGUUAAAACGCGUAAGGAUGAGGAUACCGUUAAAAGGUUUCAAAGGAGUCAUCUCGUUUGAUAGUGAUAGUUACUCAGGAGCUCCAGUGCGCAGUCUCAGACAGUGGAUACAGUCUUAGAGACGAGAUGCUGACCGUCCUGCUUUGAUUGUGCCCCAGGGUCUGCAUUGUAACUGCUAUCCUGGUUUUCUGGGCUCACACCACUUCCGUUUGAUUUGAAUGUCGAGGGUCACUUUAUCUGCAGUGCGUUCCAGCUUUUAUCAGCUACCUGCUAGCAGCUUCAGCACGGUAUGAAGUCCAGUCUGUUAAAGUGCCAUCGCCAUCUCUUCUGUUCAGAUUUUGACAUUCAGGAAAAUAUUCUUAUUUUUAUGCCAUACUGAAAUAUACAGUGUAUAUCUGACAAAGCAGUUAAAUGUGACAAUAAAAACUUAUUUAAUCAUGAUAC